AUGGGUUUAUUGAACGUUUCCCCCAUUAGUGGACUGGUAAAGUUUAAAAAUGUUUAUGCGUCUCCAUGUACAGGUUGCGAAAAACUAGGAAACACUCAGCGCACAGAAACGAGCGAUGAGUUUAAGCGCUUGGAAACUGAUACAGGCGAACGUAAAGCAUGCAUUGAACGAUUCCACAGUAGUCUUGACCUCUGGUACAAAACCAUGAUUAAACGACCCAGUCUUCUUGUAGAGGAAAAAAUCCAACGGUCUCCAAUUCAAGCACUAGGAAAUUCCAUGAUUUUGUUUGGCACAUUUCUUCCACAAAAUUCAAUAUACGGUCAGGCUUUGCUUAAAUCUGGGCAAGUUCAUGAUCUUAUUGCCUCGGAAGAGUUGCAACUUUCAAACGAAAUCAGAGAUGGGAUCUUGAGCAGUCUUACAUCAACUUUGGACAACGUCAAAGAAUAUUAUCAUUUGCAUAAGAAGCUUGAGAAUCGUCGCUUGGACUUUGACGCUAAACUCAACAAGGUGCACAAAACCAAAAAAGAGAGCCCAGAGCUCGAAGAAGAGACUCGUGCGUGUCAGACAAAGUACGAAGAAACACUUACUUUACUCACUGAAAAAAUGAUUGAGCUGAAUACUGAUUCGGCAAAUGACCUUCAAGAUGUUCUUACAAUGAUUGAUGCAGAACUAGCGUAUCAUCAAAAAACAACACAACUGUUGGCGGAUCUCAAAGAAUCACUUUCCGAUAUUCCUCGUCAAAUAAGAACUACUCCUAGUUUAGCUGUACAUAUGCGUCAAGCCAGCGUUCGUAGUAAUUCCAGUACCAACACCGAUUCUGAACGGAAAGCUGGUCCAACUGGCGGUUUUCAACUUCCCGGAAUGACUAAACAGGCUGAGCCUGAAUCAAUACUUGUUGCUGGUGUUGCUAGCAUGUCAGUACUGCCAGGCACUACAAGCCGUAGCUCUCGACCAGCCAGUAUUGUCAGACCCCAGAUGAAGCGUGUCAAGGUUUCAUUCGACUUUGACGCUGAGAAUUCUGGAGAAUUAACGAUUCGUGUUGGUGAUAUUGUUACUGUGCUAGCCGAAAUUGACGAAGGCUGGUGGAGGGGUGAAAUGGCUGAUGGAUCAGGCCGCUCAGGCAUAUUUCCGAGCAAUUAUUGCGAAGUGAUUCCUUCGACGCCCAAUGCUUUAAAACCCAUCAGUCGAGUUCCUUCAAGCACCAUGUUGCCUGUUUCACUUUCCAAUUCUAAUGGCAGUUCCAACGUAGCCAUGUCUGUCGCUGCUGCUAACAACAUGUCCGCAUCUUCAGCAAGCACAGGAUUUAAUUCCCGUAUGGCUCAAUCUCAGUCACUCAACUCAUUUGGCUCUGUUCAAUCCAAUCAACAAUAUAUUACCCCUGCACAAGCCAUAAAUGCAUACUCGAUGGCAAGCAAGGUAUCUCAGGCACUUCCUCCGGGGGUUCGCGACCAGUCCAAGCCUCUCCGAUCUGCAUCUCAUUCAGACAUUGCUUCUGCUGGAACCGCCUCAAUGUGUGGGCUCUGUGGAUGCAAUGACUAUGUUGCACAUGCGUUCAAGAUUGGUCAAUGCAAUAAUUGCUAUCAUAAGCAUUAAUCAAUUGGUUGUGAUUUAUCAAGAGUUGAACUCUGUAUUAGAACUCGGCAAUGUAACUGUUUACCAUUAUUACUAUAUACUGCCAGUUGUCACAUCCUCGUAUGUUGUCUACAAUCAUUCAUGGGUACGGAGUUGGGAUGAGAAUAAAUGCAAAGCCUGUUGAUUUUC